AUGGCAUCGGACUCGGGGGACCGUGGGACUACUUGCACGCUGGAGUUCACCGUGCGGAUGACCUGUCAGAGCUGUGUGGACGCGGUACCUAAGUCCCUGCAAGGAGUGGCAGGUGUUGAGAGUGUAGAGGUGCAGCUGGAGAACCAGAUGGUCCCGGUGCAGACCACCCUGCCCAGCCAGGAGGUGCAGGCCCUCUUAGAAGGAACGGGGCGGCAGGCGGUACUCAAGGGCAUGGGCAGCGGCCUUUUGCAGAAUCUGGGGGCAGCAGUGGCCAUUCUAGGGGGACCUGGCCCUGUGCAGGGGGUGGUGCGCUUCCUACAGCUAACCCCUGAGCGCUGCCUCAUUGAGGGAAGCACUGACGGCCUGGAGCCUGGGCCACACGGACUCCACGUCCAUCAGUUCGGGGACCUCACAAGGAACUGCAACAGCUGUGGGGACCACUUUAACCCCGAUGGAACAUCUCACGGGGGCGCCCAGGACGCUGACCGGCACUGCGGAGACCUUGGGAACGUCCAUGCCGAUGCUGACGGCCGAGCCAUCUUCAGAAUGGAGGAUGAGCAGCUGAAGGUGUGGGAUGUGAUAGGCCGAAGCCUGGUCAUCGAUGAGGGAGAAGACGACCUGAGCCGCGGUGGCCACCCCUUAUCCAAGAUCACAGGGAACUCAGGAAGGAGGUUGGCCUGUGGCAUCUUCGCACGCUCCGCCAGCCUUUUUCAGAACCCCAAGCAGAUCUGCUCCUGCGAUGGCCUCACCAUUUGGGAGGAGCGAGGCCGGCCCAUCGCUGGCGAGGGGCGAAAGGAGCCGGCCCAGCCCCCUGCCCACCUCUGA